AUGGCGUCGACCUCUGUCAGCCCCCAGGAACCCGAUGCUAUCAAUUCGACGAGUGCCGUGAGCCCAGAGCGAUCAAACGCGGCAAUAGCACGCCCAGCCCCACUAUGCCCGGGGUGUCACCGGGUGAUGCACCGCGCCUUUUGCGCUGCCUGUCUCAGUGGGGGCGAGGUCACGCGCUCCGCAUCCGCCCUGCCAGGCCUCCUGCAUGACCACAUCCAUGCCCUGUUGGCCGAAGAGCCCGUGGGCCCAGCUUCAGGUGAUCCACAUGCACAGCAUGGCCCCCUUGAAGAUGUCGACGCCCCACCCCUGCACGCCUCCCUCGUCGCCCGGGCACAGGCGCCCGUGCAACAAAUUAUGGCCCAGCUCCACGAGCCCCUCGGCAGCAAGGUGGCUCGCUUGCAUGCAGCUCGCAGCGCCGCGCAGCACGCACGCGACCAGUUGGCAACUUUGGAUGGGGAACAAACCACGCGUCUACGACUACUACACACGCUUCAGAUGCGCCACGCGGCCCGUCGACGACUUGUUCAACAGCUACAGCAGCGCCGCAAGGCUCAGGUGGCGCUCAUCAAGGCCCUCACCCUUGCCAGCAAUCGGGAGCAUCUUGUGCGCCGGCAUUGCGCCAACUUGGCACAAAAGCAGGCCAGGGCCCAGCAACAGCUACUUGGCGCGCGCACCGAGUUGGAUCGAACGCAUCUGGCCUGGCUCCGCCGCUUACAAGCACACAUCGAUGCCUUGGGUCAGGCGCCAGAACAUGUGCCCCUCCUGCAACCCCCACCCAUGCCAUCUCCACCGCCAGAGCCACACACAGGACCAGUGGAACGGGCAUCGACCACCGUGACGGCGCCGGACGCAUCGGUUUCCCCGCAGCCAGAUCCGCCGGCGACGUGCCGCGCAACGGCCCAGGAGACCUCACUCGAACCAGACCUGGAUCAUUCGCGAGUACUACAGUCACAGCACCUCGCAGUUACAGAGCUGAAUCGUCGCAUGCAGCAAGCUCAGCACCUGCGACUGGCCGAAAUCCAACCGUGCACACAUUCGGUAACUCGUCUGCCCCAGGGGUACCUCAGCAGCUCGUCGGGUGGGGAGGCUUCGCACGGCUCACGCGCUGGCGCACAACUUCAAGUCAUGUGUUUGUCCUGCGUGCGCGUGCGCCUCCAAACCGUCCGGCAACUGCGCGUGCUAGCGCUCAAGGAGUUGUUCUUGGUUCGGCAUGAAACCAUUGCUGGGCUGCCGCUGCCAGCUGACGACGACGUGUUGGCGGCGCUGACACGCGACGCCGCGGCUGUGCUCAGCGCCCUUCAUGCGCUUGCCGCCUUUUGUCGAGCGCUCUGUCAGGCAUUGAAUUUGUCAGCGGCCUGCGACGUGCUGUCGGCAUCGGCACUGGAACAGCUGGCCGAGAGCGCCGCCAAUGCGCCGUGGGUCAAAGUGUCACCGGCACGCGUGACGACCACCUAUACGCAGCUCAAGCAUGCCCUGGCCACUGUGUUCUUACAGGAUGGUGCGACUUUGCAGCUCAUCACAACGCACGGGAGCCGCCAAUCCAUCAUCAAGUCGCCGCUCGAGCUCAUCCACCAGUGCACUCACCCUUCGACCAAUCUCAACCUGGGGGCCGGCUUGGCCGCAGGCGUCUCGUUGGUCGACGUCAUUCCCUCUCGCUGGCUCGGACUGGACGACUUUGCUCUCGAAGAUUAG